AUUAUACUUGGGGAAGAGCAAAACAGACGUAAAUUUACAUGGGAACUUAGAAGAGAAAUUUCAAAAGGAAUAGCAAAUGGACUUUCAUAUCUCCAUGAAGAAGUGAAUCCACAUGUUGUACAUAGGGAUAUUAAGGCCAGCAACAUACUUCUUGAUCAAAAUUUCACACCAAAAAUUGCAGAUUUUGGUUUAUCUAGGCUAUUUUCCAAGAACAUUUCACAUAUUACAACUCGAGUUGCCGGUACAUUAGGCUAUCUUUCUCCAGAAUACGCGAUCAGUGGACAUUUAACUCGGAAAUCAGAUGUUUAUAGCUUUGGAGUAUUAUUGCUAGAAAUAGUCAGUGGUUGUCCUGUUAUUGCCUUUGACAUUGAGAGAGGAGAACAUUUCCUAGUUAACAAGGCAUGGGAAAUUUACAAUACUGGAAGAUUAUUAGAGCUAGUAGACCCUAUGUUAAAUGGAGAAUUUCAUGGCGACGAAGCUGUCCGAUUCUUGAAAAUUGGUCUACUUUGUGUACAAGAAAUAGCCAGCCUACGCCCCAAAAUGUCUACAGUCAUCAAGAUGUUGAGCAAUGCUAAUUAUAUGGAAUUAGAGGACAUAAAUAUUACUCAGCCUGGAAUUCUUGCUGAUUUGGGAGAUGUUAAAAUAGGCCAAAAACAAUCUACUCACAGUUUUUUAUCAAGUGCUGUAGAUAUAGCUAGAAAAUGUUGGUACAAAGUGUAUGUUUCACAUACACAAAGUUGGCCAAUUCUCUUUGACAAGAUAUAAAAUCAAUGUAGAGGGAGAUUUAGGAUUUGAUUUCGAGUAGACAUACAAUAACAAGAUUCAUAUUGAAGUAUAUAUAGAUAUUUAGUGAGUCUUUAAAUGGGGAAAAGACUCAAAUAUGUCAUUGAACUAUAAGAAAUUACUCAUUUAUGCCAUCAGUUAAAAGUUUGGCUCA